AUGGCCACCGUUCAGCAGCAGCCCAACGGCACCGUCGGCGCUCCCGCCUUCAAGAUCGUCGAGAAGCUCGACUCCGUCCCCGUCGUCCACGACUCGGUCGCCUACGCCCAGUCACUGCCAACCUCUACCAGACCGCCCUCAACAUUGCUUCGCGUCGCGUCGCCCGUUAUUGAGCGCAGCAAGCCCCUCCUCGAGUCGGCUGACAACCUCGCCGUCGCCACCUUCAACCGCGCCGAGGCUACCUUCCCUUACCCUUUCAAGACCCCUACUCAGGACCUGAUUGGCGUUAAGCAGGCCAAGUCUGUCUACGACGCUCGCGUUGCCCCCCUCAUCGGCCAGGCUCAGCCCAUUAUCCAGGACGUCAUCAACAAGACUGUCGCCAUCAACUCUGAGCUCAACGCUCGCUACACUGCUGCCGUCCAGCAGUCGACCGAGAUCUCUCACGCUCUUCUCGAGCAGCUCCACACCCUCACUGAGCAGGGCAAGGAGCUCCCGCACCAGCUCCUCGAGGGUCUCUCCAAGGUCACGACCGACGUCAAGUCGAUCGUCCUCGCCAAGGAGGGCACCGUCCAGGAGAAGACGAACAAGCUCGGUGCCUACGUCGUCGACCAGGUCAAGCCCGUCGUCGACGAGAUCUACAAGCACGUCAUCGCCGCCAAGAAGGGCGCCGAGGAGAAGGCCGAGAAGGUCGUCGAGGACGUCAAGGAGAAGGCUGCCGAGGUCGCCAAGAAGGUCGACGCCAAGGCCGACGAGGCCAAGAAGGCUGCCUCCGAGAAGGCCGACUCUGCCUAA